AAAAUUCAACAUGGCUUUUACUUGAAGCUACUUCUAGUUAAUGGCAGCGAGCGAAUAAUUUUACUGACUUUUUGCAUCUAUAAAUUAUUUCUAGUCGGUGUUAUUUACUGAAAAAAAUCCAAUUUAUUUCAAGUUUCAAUCAAGUUUAACAGGGUUUAUUUAAAAUCUGUUGAUUCUGUGUAAUUACACAUCGUUUUAUCGUUCUUGCUAGGCGCAGGUGAGGUGAUAAAAGAUAUCAGUUGUAAAUUAAAGAUGAAUUAAACAAUUGUUGCUGGGAAUAUCUCCACCGAUAAACGGAUAAUUUUACUCUUGGUUUUAAGUCAAUAAUGAGGAGUACACAAUGAAGGAGAUGGUAGGAGGCUGCUGCGUGUGCUCUGACGAGCGGGGUUGGCCCGACAACCCGCUUGUCUACUGUGAUGGAAACGGCUGCACUGUUGCAGUCCAUCAAGCGUGCUACGGUAUUGUCACAGUGCCAACAGGUCCUUGGUUUUGUCGGAAAUGUGAAAGCCCAGAAACGAAAAAUAAAGUUCGCUGCGAACUAUGCCCGUCUAAGUCUGGGGCUUUGAAGCGGUCAGACACAGGCGGGUGGGCUCACGUGGUGUGUGCGCUGUACAUACCAGAGGUCAGAUUCGGCAAUGUGACGUCUAUGGAACCUAUUGUCCUGCGCUUGAUUCCACCAGAGAGAUAUAAUAAGACGUGUUACAUCUGCCAAGAUUUGGGUAAGACUCACCGCGCCAACGCUGGUGCUUGCAUGCAGUGCAACAAAUCAGGUUGCAAACAACAGUUCCACGUGACCUGUGCACAAGGCUUGGGCCUCCUUUGUGAGGAAGCAGGCAAUUAUUUGGACAAUGUAAAGUACUGCGGCUACUGCCAACAUCACUACAGUAAACUGUUCACCAAUCAUGAUGUCACCAUCAUCGCCAAGAAAAAGGGCGGUAACGUAAAGACGAUCCCGCCGUACAAGCCGGUGUCGCACGACAGUCAGUCGAGCGACUCCAGCUGCGAGAAGGAGGGCGAACCCUCUUGCUCGCCCAAGACUGGCGGCGGGGUGACACCGACAAACGCUGGCAAGUCCAAAGGGCCGGGACGCAAGUCCUCAUCGCAUGCAGCUAACACCGUGGUCUCAGGAAAGAGCACUCCAAACGCAUCAAAAACCCCAAAUCAAAACCAACUAAUGGCAGAAAUGUCGCAAGAUAACACAGACUCGGGUCCGGUCACUCGAAAACACAAGGCUUCUGAGAAAAGUGGCAAAUUGCACCAUUCGUCAGACAAGAAGAAGCCGUCGCCGUCCCGCCGCGGGUCGUCUGCCGGAGACGGUGGUUCCAGCAGUAAGACCAGUACCCCGGCGCCGUCGCCGCAGCACACGACCGAGACUGCAGCAGCUCAACCCAAAGCAGCAUCAGGCAACUCUACACCGGCAGCUCCGCCGAAGGUGACGCCCCCAGCAGCAUCACCCAGUGCUAACAAACCAGUAGAACCAGUGGGAGUCAUCAGCUCAGUAGCACAGGCAGUAGCCUCCGUGUCUACCAUCACUACCAAUCCGACUAGUGCUCCAGUCCCUGCAUCAGUGGUGCAGGUCCCAACUUCAAAGCCGACAUAUCAAGAGUCAGUGAUCACUAACACAGAUUUAGUGGAGACCAAACAAACUAAGAAGAGGAAGGCAAUCGCAGCCGCCAACAACAUGAACGCACCCGUCGAUUAUACCAAUAACAGUACUCCGCCCGUUGGGGCGGGUGAAGGCACUUCUCAACCCGGUGGAGUGUGGGAGGCCACUCACGUGCCACCCGACGUACCGCUGGAAAACGUUGACAAAAUUAUUAAGAAGGCAAAGACGGAAGGUAUAGAAGCGAUUCCAGUGCCGACGUCUCACUUCGCGAGCGUGAGCCCCGCGCCUCCUCCACCACCGCCGCCACCGGCACAUAGCCCGGCUUCCAAUCCCAGUCCAAGGCACUUGCCUAGCCCAAUGCCGGGACCGAGCGGAAUAAACCAAGUGUCAAACAUUCGCUCGCCGUCUAAUCCACAGGGCGGCAAGGGCGAUCGCGAGGGGCCUGCGUCGCUUCUCGUGUCGGUGCCGUUGCCCUCCACGAGCCACGGGCUCAACCUCACAGCACACUCACAGGUACAAAAUGACAUGCCAGGUCCUUCGCCGCAUAUUUUCCAUCAACCACAAAAGCAAGUCAGUGCGGCAAUGGACACUGGCAUGACAGGGCAUUCACCGCAUGCUAUCCCUGGGCGCUCCUGGGGAGGUCUUAACGUAGCGUAUGAACUGCAAGAUCCAAACAAACCAGGUAUGAGUGGCAUGCCUGGUCCUAGUAAGCAGCCUGAUAUGGGCCCCGUGAACAUGGCUCCCAUGCCGCCUACGACUGUACGGACCAAGAAACGCGCCGCCAUGGCUACAUCGGUCGUCGCCAUGGCUAACACAGCUUCUGCUAUACAGACUAUGACGACGCAAACGUUGGCCAGUGUACGCCGCCAGCCUCAGCCGACGCCACCGCCGAUAUACUCCGAGACUAUUAAAGACUCGCCACCGAGCUCUCCAAGCUCUGAAAGACCAUUAAAGCCUAAGAUGGAGUCCAAAACCUUCAUGUAUCCCAGGAUCGGAGCUUCUUGUACCGCCCCACACAUGCUAGGCAAUGAGCUUAACCCAGAGAGCGGAGCGGCCGCUUGCCUUCAGGAACAGUUAACUGCUGAACUAGCCGCCCAUGCCGCCGGUAGCGCAGGUGGAGAUACCCUCAUACCGCCGCCGCUUAUCAACAAAGCCGCGCCCGGCGGCAGUAUCAGCUCAGGACGGUCCUCGAGCGCUCAAAGCCUCGACCAGUUGCUGGAACGACAAUGGGAACAAGGCUCACAGUUCCUUAUGGAACAAGCCCAACAUUUCGACAGUGCGCUGCGCUAUCGUCCUUAUGUUAGGCGCCAAACAGCGCUUAUGGAAGCCGCCGUCGCUUCGCUGUUGUCAUGCCUGCACCAGCUGCGCACUGAGAACGUUCGACUGGAGGAACAUGUAGGCAGCUUGCUGCAACGCCGCGACCAUCUGCUCGCGGUAAACGCUCGGCUCGCAAUACCGCUCACUACUGUGACGACUGGCCCGCCCGAGCCGAGCCGGUGCACGCGCGAAAAUGGCCCGCAGAUGAUGCAGGUGCGGCCGCCGCCGCCGCCGGUCCGCGCCGCCGAGACUAUCACCUCGGACCGCCCACACCAGCUUAUAAUGCGUGAGGUGCAGCAGAAGCCCAGCUGAAAGGAAGAGGGUGGCGGCGGAGGCGGUGGCGAUGCUGCCGUCCCGGGGCCGUCAUCGGCCAACCCGGCAGCGCUGCACACCGUUCAAACUUUCAUAAUGCUCGAGCAACGACGCAGGGUCGAUUUCUCCAUCGACUCCAUCCUCAAGUUAAACAACUAAAUCGUAGGCGCGCUCGCUUUUAGAAGCCACAAUGAAUAUUACGUUGUUCUAGGACAAGGCUUCUACUGCAAUUAUAAAGUGCGUCUGCGUUGUUAGCUCGUGAAGGAGCAAUGUUGUUGCGCGGCUCCAACUCAAUGCCACCACCCGCUAUAAGGACUCAGCUCGACGGCCGUCGGCUUACGGACGAUCUUGUGUUCCAGCCCCUCGGGGCUGUAGUAUACACUACUAGAGUUAAAGUUCUUAAUGUUAAACUAGAUUAACGCACGGUGUGUGUUAUAUUUUUGGGCAGUUUCAGCGUUUAUACGCCGUGUCGAGGUUGAUAUCUUGAAUGUGAUGGUCUACUACAAAGUACGAAACCGAUGCUUAUAGUGUUAUAUAAAUUGUUUGCACAUUGUCUAUCGUAAAGUACUUUUUAAGAAUAAGUGUUCAAGUUUCACAUACGCUUUUGUAUGAUACGGUUUCUCGAGUUGCCAACUUUUUUUGCCCGAUUGUUAGGAGGCGUCCUGUACGGACCAAAGUUGGUAACGUUCCGCUUUAUCUGUAGAAUACACUGCGGGAUGUGCGCGCCGCAGCUCUGGUUGGUACUUUGGUUUAGAUCUCAGGUCACGGCACCACCGACUGAGUAGAUUAUGCGAAGUGCGGUUUAUUCUAUAAGUGUUAUUGUAUAUUCGACUGGAUUAAUAUCUUGAUCUAUUUGAACUGUCUGUUCUUUUGAACGACGCAUGCGAUUAAAUGUUUAAUUAGAAUUAAGUACUAAAACUGUGUAUGUACCUAGGUAUGAAUAAUAUAUGACGAGGUAGGAAGUCACUUUCUACUAGUUGAAGAUUGAAAUUAAUGUUCUGGGGAGGAUUAUAUUCCUCCACUGAAGUCCAAAAGUUAAGAAACUUGUUUGCUGGGGAUACUGAACGUUUUGUGUAUGAUAUAAAUAAAGUAAUAGAUUAUGUAGCACUGAAUUGAUUGAGUAUAUUGGAGACGUUGGCCUGGACACACGUUGGGAAUGAUUUCAAACGGGACCGUUACAUAUAUUGAUGCAUGUUUAAAUUAUUUAUUAUAAAUAGUUAAAUUGUGUGUUAGUUGUUAAUUGUAUAUGAAUAAUCUUGAUGAAUAUUUACAGUGUUUCGAUUGACGACCGGCACACAGCUUGGUAAUGUUCUUUGACGAUAAUUUCGCGCACAGAGCAGGGCCGUGUUCGUACAAGCGGUAUAUGUUUGCUACCGCCUUAUUUAAUAUAUCUGAACACUUGUAGUUGUAAGGUCAAAGCAAGGAUUUCAGUAGUUAUAGAAGUAAUUCUCAUUCGAGGUCUCAUUCUUGGCCGUUCCCUGUCUGUUUUAGAUUUGUAACAAUAGUUGUAAUGGUGUUUACAGCGCGAGACGCAACUUAUAUGUCCGCGCCAAAUAUUGUUGAGAAACGCGACACGGCCCUGAUCUAAUAUAAUAACUAUUUAUUCCUUAACAUAGUCUACGAGCACAGAUACAGUAUUUUUAUAUAAUAAAUUCACGAUGUGAUAGAGUACGUUCCUUAAAAUUGUGUAUAGGCGUUUGGCUCAGAUUAAUAUAUUGUGGGGGUAAAUAUUUGCUGCGGUCUUCAUACCGAUUCUUUGUGGCGUGACGACCAUUUUCGGACAGCAUCGAGUGGUUGUUGUGUGGACUGUUGACGCUCGAUGUAAGUGUAUGUGCCGGCAGGACCCGGCUAAUGAGAGAUUUUCUUAAAAUUCGGCACCAAAACGGUAGUCUCAUCGCCGUGAUGUGUCUUUGUGCCGGUGGCGUUAAAUACGCUCAAUUACAGCCUUGUUCGUCACGUACUAUACGUAAAACCCACUAUUAUUAUACGGCUGUUUAAUACGUCGUUAUAUUACCGUUGUCUCGCGUAACUUAAACAAAUCAAUGUAUCGAUUAUAUUGUCAUAAUAUAUGUUGAAUGUUGUUGAUCGAUGUACAACUCUUAUAUCUCGAUGUUGAAUGUAAAGUGGAAUAAUAUUUGUUUCAAGAUAUCAAUAUUAAAUGUUUGAUCGACUAGUACUCACUUACUCACCAGGCCAGUCACUCCCUGUGGUCACUGGGGCCGUCUUAUAGCUUUCCUCGCUGAAGUAAGGGCUUCCUGUGUUGUCCAUGCAAUUUUAAUGCAGUUAUAGUUAAAUCAGUAUAAAUUAUAUUCAUUGUUGAUAAGUCGAUGUUGUUAGUUCGCAUAAAGAAGUCGUGUGUCGCGGGACGGUAUUGAUACAGACCUCGAUCUUGUCCCACCUAACCUCGUGACACACGAGCUCUCCAUGCAUCCUCAAAUAAUAUUAAAUGGUUAAAUGUCAGUAUGUAGGAUCUUCAAUCACUGGUGUAGUUCCUUUAUCUCCCCCUUUGGGAUAGUACUUCGGAAGAAACUUCAAUGGAACAACUCAAUUAAAGUUUCUUCGAGACGGCUCUAAUAUUCACUUCUAAUUUCCCUAAUAUAGAUCAGCUUAAACGUAUUUACAUGUUUCAAAACUAACUGAAAUCUGAUAGGUAUCUCCCAGUACACUGAAAACGACUCAUUUUAUUUCAAAAUUAGGCAAUUAUACACAAAUGUAAUUUUUAAAUUUAAUUCGUAAUUAUGUUUCAAAUCAUGACAAGUUUUAAAGUUUUUAAUAUUACUGUGAAGCGAUGACUUCGAAGCAGCUUCUUUUUACUUUAAUAUUUUAACUUGAUUUUACGCAUUAUUCAAUUGAUAAAAUGAAACCUUCAUCUUAAUUAUUGGCGACUAUUGUCACUAUCAAAUUAAUAAACUAUAAAUUUCAAGUAUUUUGAUAGAAAAUAUUCUAAUCAAUCGAUUUUAAACUUAAAAUUUUACUAAAUGUUUUCAGAUAAACUUAUAUAUCAAGAAGUAUAUAGAAUUUUAACUACGUUUUAACAAAAUAUAUAACAGUUAUGACAUUGAAGAUAUAUGCCGAUUUGAAACAUAAUUUUAUCUUGAUUAAUGAACAUUGUUUGAACUGACGGUGUGCAAUAUUGUUAAGGGGUAAAGCAGAAUAUUGGAACAAAGGGAAUAAAAUAUGCAAAACUUUGCAAAAAAUAUUGAAUCAUGUUCCUACGUAAUGAAAUAUUUGUCAUCAUUUUUCUUAACCCUUAUUUUGCUUGGGAAUUGCUAAAGAAAUGAUACAAGUUUAAACAAUGUUUAUUAGUUGUUCCGAUAUCUACAACAUUGUAUAUUUAAGGUACGCUUCAUUUCCAAGCGAAGGAUACUUUUGUUGUAAAUUAUGUUGUUUUAAGUAUUUUAAGUUUUAUACAUUAAGUGUCAAUGUUUUUUAACCGAAUCGCUUGGAUGCGGGGCUCAGCACGUUUUGCAUACAAAUGUAAACAGCGUAGAUUUAGUUUCGUUGGGAUUGGAUCAAAGAGCUGUGCUGAAUGUUUUAGAAAAGUGGGAAAUGUAGGUUACAUUGAAUAAUACCAUUUCAUUACUCUAGUGCACGUUUCAUUUGCUCAGUGCAGUUUACAAAGAGUAUUUUAAUGCAUACCUUUUAGCACUAAGCUCAGCCUACUGUCCAAUGUAAACGAGACUGGGACUACGAGCCUCUCCGUCUAACGCGACGGUUUGGUGAAUAUUUUCCUAGGAUAGUGCGCUUAGACCAUUGCAAACUUCAAACGAAGUGAUCUCAGUCGAUAGUACUGAUAUUUCACGAAAUCAUAUUCCUAGUGUCGCUCGUACAAUAGAAAUAUGAUCUCGUUAUUAAGGGAAUCGUAACGAAAAUUAUGGACUGAAUUGUUUAUAAUUAGUUUUAAUUCGUUAAUUUGGUUACAUACAUAUGCAAAUUUUAUUUAGGUACCAACUCAAUGUCUUGCUCCUAGUGAUUACAAAAUCCUAUUGCAUUUAUUGGAUCUAUCAAUUUCAGUCAAUUACGAAAUGUAAUAGAACCUUAAUAAAUCACUACACAAA